AUGGAGGGCUCAUCCAAUCCCGCUGCGCUUCCUCUCUCCAGAGCCUCGGUCGUCUCAGCCCACGAGGCUAUCAAGCCCGUUAUCCAUCGCACGCCCAUCUUCAGCUCGUCAACGCUAUCUGCCUCCCUCCCGAACAAAAACACGCUCUAUUUCAAAGCGGAGAAUCUCCAGAAAGGCGGCGCCUUCAAGUUCCGCGGGGCGAGCUUCAGUCUGACACGACUGACGCAGGAAGAGCUCGCCAAGGGCGUGUGCACACACAGCUCAGGAAAUCAUGCCGGCGCGCUGGCCCUCGCAGCCAGAGAACGCGGAGCGAAGUGCUACGUCGUGAUGCCAGACAACUCCGCCAAGCCCAAGAUGGACGCUGUCCGCGCGUACGGCGCAGAGAUAACCUUCUGCGCGCCCAACGCCCGCGCCCGCGCGGCGACGCUUGCGGAGGUCCAGGCCCGCACGGGCGCGACGUUCGUGCCGCCCUACGACGCUGCGAACACCAUCCUCGGCCAGGGCACCGCCCUCCUCGAGCUCCUCGAGCAGGCGCCGGAGCCGCUCGCUGCGGUCGUCGCGCCCGUGGGCGGGGGAGGCCUCCUCGCGGGCACGGCGCUCGCUGCGGAGGGCACGGGCGUGAGGGUGUUCGGCGCGGAGCCGGCGGGGGCGGAUGACUGUGCGCAGGGGCUGAUGGAGGGACGGCGGAGGGAGGACGUGAAGGCGGAGACGAUCGCGGAUGGGCUGCGUACGCCGGUGGGGGUGCUUAACUUCCCGAUCAUCCAGGAGAAGGUCGAGCGCGUCAUCGUGGUUUCCGAUGAGGAGAUCGUGGAAGCGAUGCGCCUGAUGUGGGAACGCCUGAAGCUCGUCGUCGAACCGAGUGGCGCGACUGCGUUCGCGGCCGUCCGGAGCGAGGCGUUCCAGGCGUUGGGUAUUACAGGUCCUAUCGGUAUCAUCGUUAGUGGCGGCAACAUUGACCUGUCCCAGCCGCUGCCUUGGACCCAAUGA